UAUAUUAAACAAAUACUUUUUUAUUAAAAAGUGUGCAAUGUUUUCGUUAAAAUUAAUUUUUAAUAAAACGGUACACAUUUCCAAAUUAUAUUAUAAUUUUAUCCAAAAAAUUACCAUAUAUUUAUUACGGCCUUUUCUCUAGACAAGAAGCCAAAACUUAUUCGUCGUAUUUUUGAUUUUAUCUGGGGCUAUAUAAUGGCAAAUGACGAAAAUCCAAAUAGAUCAUCUGAAGACAAAGAUCGGCGUAGAAGUGUAAUAAGGGAUCAGGGUCAGCAGUCGGAGCCCAAGAAGCCCCGGAGAGGCGGGACAUUGGAGUUCAAGCGACCGAUUCGUUAGAUCAGAUUAAAGUAAGAUAUGCCGAUCUGCAAGAUGAAGAUAGUUCCCGUAUCUCGAUGUGGGAAAGGAAAAGAUCGAACACUUCAUUACCGCGACGGUCGUGGGAGACGGAGGACUACAUAGAUUUCGAUGACAUCCUCCCGAUGAUAGGCCAGUUCGGCCGAUUCCAGGUGAUGCUCUUCCUGUUCAUGAUCCCCUUCUGCUUCAUCACCGCCUUCGUGUAUCUGGGCCAGAUAUUCAUGUCCCUAACUCCUUCCAAAUACUACUGCCUAGUGCCGGAGCUGUACCACACGCAAAGUGUGGAGCUGCGCAAGCAGUUGUCCAUUCCCAGGGAGAUGGAUGGAUCGUACAGUCGCUGCAGGAUGUACGACACCAACUACACAGAGAUCCACUACGCGGAGGACCAGAGUUCUUACAUUAACACCUCCCUGCCCACUAUUCCGUGCCAAAAGGGAUAUGUCUUCGAGCAGGAGGGCCCACCUUUCGAGUCGGCCACCAUGGAGUUCGGCUGGCUGUGCGAGAACGACAAGUACUCCACCUACGCCCAGAUCAUAUUCUUCUUGGGCUCCAUCCUGGGAGGUCUGGCCUACGGGCACUUUGCCGACCACUGCGGUCGGUUGGCUGCCCUGGUCAGCAGCUGCUUCCUGGCCUUGGUGGGCAGCCUGUUCACCUCGAUGUCCACGGACUUCUUAUCCUUUGCAAUCUCAAGAUUUUUGGUGGGGCUCUCCUACGACACCUGCUUUACGAUGGUAUAUAUUUUGGUCCUCGAGUAUGUGGGUCCCAAGUACCGCACCCUGGUGGCCAACUUGUCUCUGGCCCUGUUCUAUUGCCCCUUUACGAUGUUGAUGCCCUGGAUAGCCGUUGCGGCAGGAAACUGGAGAAGAUUCUCCUCAUGGGCAUCUUUACCAAUUGUAUUGGCGUUGUUUUCCUUCUUUGCGCUGCCCGAGUCUGCACGUUGGCUGGUAUCCAUCGGUGAUAUUGAGAAGGCCAUGGAGAUAUUGAAAAAGAUGAUUAGGGUUAACAAAAAGCUUGUGACCCAUCAUGUACUCGAUCUCUUCGAGACGAGCUGCACGCAGUUCUACAAGGAGGAACUCUACGGGCGUGACUUUACCGUGAUUUCACUAUUCAAGCGGAAGCGAACUGCCCUUCAUAUGGUCCUGCUGAUCCUUAUUUGGAUGGCCAUGUCCCUGGUUUACGAUGGACAUGUGCGGGCGGCCAGUGUCCUGGACACUAACAAUAUCUUUGUGUUCUUCACCAUCGCUUGCGCCACGGAGCUGCCGGGCAAUCUCCUGGUUAUCCUUACCCUGGACCGCUGUGGACGUCGCUGGUGCUCCUUUGCCUACACCUCGUUGAGUGGAAUCUUCAGUGUGGUCGGAGCCUGUUUGACGAAUCCAUUGCAAAUGAGAAUAUCAGCGCUAGCCGGGAGAUUCUUCGCCAACAUGUGCUAUAAUAUUGGGCUACAGUGGGCCGCAGAGAUCCUGCCCACUGUGGUGAGAGCCCAAGGAGUGGCCUUUAUCCAUACGAUGGGCUUUGUGGCGAUGCUGAUGUCUCCGCCAGUGGUUUACCUUGCCCAAGUGUCCUUCUCCCAUAUGCUAAUCGUUUUGGGGGUCCUUGGAAUCGUGGGCGGUGCUCUGGCCCUUUUUUUGCCGGAAACUCUCAACCACGAGCUUCCACAAACCCUCAGCGACGGAGCUGAGUUCGGACGAAAUCAAAGGAUCUGGCACAUGCCCUGCUGUGGCCCAGGGGCAAAGAAAUCCCGGCCCCGGCACACUUGGCACCAGGGCUCCAGCUUAAGGACCUUGUCGAAGGAAGAGUUUCGAUCCAGCCGUAUGUUUCGCAAGUCAAGAUCCGUGCCGCAGGACCCAAGUCCUACGCCCAGCGAAAACAAAAGCGAGGAAAGGGAAAUCCGAACCUACAAAUACGGAAACUGAUGGGUGUAUCUUAAGGAUAUUUUGUAGGUUUCUUAUUUAGAUACUUGCUGUGGGAAGUUUCUUUUUUUUUAUGUAACCAAACAUUUUUAUUAGCAAUCAUUAUGGAUGUUUUCUUGUUUACUUAAGUCAAAACCGAGAUUAAACCGAAUCCUAAAACAUA